AUGGACUUACAGCAAUUGCGGGAGUCACGUAAAAAUGGCAUUUCUCACGUGAGCUCGUCAUCUUCGAUAUCAUCAUUGGCCACUGAGGUGCAACCGGAUGGGACAAACAUUCCAGAGCCUCUGCAUGCGGAAUCACAAGCAAGACAGAUUCCUCAACCUCAACAGCGGAAACAAAAUCACCUGAUAAACGACCACCCGUUGGUGCUGCCGCAACCCCAGUUCCCGCACCAUCAUCAGCAUCAGCAUCAGCAUCAGCAUCAGCAUCCACAAACACAAACACAAACACAAACACCUCAGCAGCCACAGCCUUCUUCGUUUCGACGUAAGAACUCGAUACAAAGGUUUAAUCGAUCGCUUUUGAACUCCAGCACCACGUCAAUGGCUAGCUCGUAUAAUGGUGUUGGCAGUUUUACCAACUCUGCAGCAAAUUCUGGACUAAAUUCUGGAGUAAAUUCUGGAUCUGUUUCGGCAUUACAUAGCAUGAGUAGUUCACCCAAGGAUUCUUUUAUUCGAGAAACACCUAGAAUACACUCCAAAUUGUAUUGUGAAGAAGUUGCUGGCGGUGCUAAGACUGCAAAGGAAGUUUUAUCGAGACUUUCUACUGAUGAAUUGCGUUCCGUAAGAACACAUACUGAGUUGGCAGAGACAGCAAACGGCGUCAGGAUGCUUGCCAAAAAUCUUUCGAGAGCCACCAUACAGUUAAAUGUUAAAUCGAUCAUGAUUAUCACCAAAGCUAGGGACAAUGCUUUGGUGUACUUGACACGGGAAGUCGUAGAGUGGCUCUUUUCCGAGCACGAGGAUAUGACCAUUUACGUUGAUGCCAAAUUGCAAGCGUCGAAAAGAUUCAAUUGUGAUGCCAUCAUCCAAGAAUAUCCCGUGGCUGCAAAGCAGUUGAAGUUUUGGAAUAAGAAAUUGACCAUGAAGUCCCCAGAGUUGUUUGAUUUGGUUGUAACUCUUGGUGGAGAUGGAACUGUGUUAUUUGUUUCCAAUUUGUUUCAAAGAAUUGUUCCACCUGUGUUGAGUUUUGCUUUGGGCAGUUUGGGCUUUUUAACCAAUUUCAAAUUUGAUGAUUACAAGUCAAGGUUAGACCAUUGUAUCAAUUCGGGAGUCAAGGCAAACUUGAGGAUGAGAUUUACUUGUAGAGUGCAUACAAAUGAAGGGAAAUUAAUUUGCGAGCAACAAGUGUUGAAUGAAUUGGUUGUGGAUAGAGGUCCUUCGCCAUUUGUCACACAGCUUGAGUUAUAUGGAGACGGGUCAUUAUUGACUAUUGCGCAAGCUGAUGGGUUAAUAAUUGCCACGCCGACGGGUUCUACUGCGUACUCUUUGUCGGCCGGGGGCUCAUUGGUCCAUCCUGGUGUUAGUGCAAUUAGUGUGACACCAAUUUGUCCGCAUACGCUUUCGUUUAGGCCUAUUCUCCUACCAGACGGAAUGUUUUUGAAAAUAAAAGUGCCUCUGACAAGUCGUUCCACAGCGUGGUGUUCAUUUGAUGGACGCGUUCGAACUGAGCUUGCUAAAGGAUAUUACGUUACUGUGCAAGCCUCGCCGUUUCCCUUUCCCACAGUGAUUUCGUCAAAGAAUGAAUACAUUGAUUCUGUGAGUAGGAACUUGCACUGGAAUAUCAGGGAGCAGCAGAAGCCAUUUAGUUCUUACUUGAAACCGGAAAUGAGGAGAAUGAUUGCAGACAAUCCCGAGGAUCAAGGUACAUUUGAUAAGUUGAAUAGCGGGGCGACGGGAGCAGAAGAUGAAACAGAAGAGGAAGAGUUUGAUAUUGAUUAUGGCGACCAGGAUGUAAAGGAAGAGAAGCAUAUAGCUACAUCUGGUGGCCAAGGUGGUAGUCAAGACGCAAGUGAGACAAAUAGUGAAGACAUGCUUUUUAUCCCACCUGGUGGUGGUACGCAGACUCCUCAGAAUGCCAACUACUUGAAUUCAGACGAACGAAGUUGCUAUGCACAUCCGCAUGCAAAGAUUCAUUUAAGUGGCAAUGGUGAUUUAUAA